AUGCAUCCUUAUGAACUUCUUUGUUGGUUUCACAUAAAAAUAAACUUUUUUGAAAUGCUAAUAUUUUUGCUGGUGGGGUCAUACAUCUAUAUCCUUUUGUCUAUUGAAGCACCCCUUUGUAGAAAUGUAUGGAGAGUUGUAUUUACUAAUUUUAUUUUGUUAUAUUUUGUUGCGUUAUUUGUGCUGCAGACUGUAGAGGAGCACGAGCCACACUUCAUUGCGCUCCACUGCCAGGAGGUCGGAGGCAAGAACUACGAGGAGAGUAUGCAGCAUGUGGAGCACUUUGUCAGAUCGUUAAUGAACAGAGGCACAAUGUUACCAUACGACAAGAUCAGAGUAUACCUUGAUGAGGAAUAUGACUCCGCUGAAAAAUUUACUGCCCUAGGGAACCUUUAUUUUAUUCAUCAAAAUGUUCAAGAUCUACAAAUUUGGGAUUUUAAGGAAAAGAAGUUUAUGGAUUGUGUAGACAGAAGAGAAUAUUCAGGGAAUAUUGAAGAUGUCGCUACAAAGGAGAAGGCAAAGUUUCCUCAAGAAUUUUUUCCUGAGUGUAAGUGGUCUCGCAAAGGUUUCAUGAGGACACGAUGGUGUUUAAAUGGGACAAAAUUUGAUUUGGUAAAUAUCCACCUUUUCCACGAUGCAUCUAAUUUUAUUGCUAUGGAAGAGUUUCCAUCAGUAUAUAGUCUCAACAGGAAGAGAGCCCUGGAACACACAUUAGACAGGUUUCACAAUGACGGAUUUGAAAAUGUGCCAAUCUUCUUGUUUGGUGACUUCAACUUCAGAAUGAAUACUCAUGCAGUUGUACAGAAACUGACUCAAGACUGUACAGCAGUAGAGGCAGAGUUGCCAGACACUGGGGAAAAGGCUCAAGAGUUUAGGGACAAUGAAGGAAAGGUACUACUCACUAUUUCCAAAAAAGCCUUCAGACAUUAUGAACAUCAGACAAUCUUUGUCAAGGAUAAUGGCAGCUGGCUUCAUGAAUUUGAUCAAGAAUUGGCUCAGUUUGGUGACAGACUGACCGAGUUUCCUAUCACCUUUCCUCCGAGUUACCCAUUUGAAGAAGGUGCUGAUGGGGAUGGGUCUCACUACAUGCAGACCAGGUGCCCCUCUUGGUGUGAUAGAAUCAUCUUGAACAAGGCAGCUAAGACUCUCAUAGAUGCAAGUGGAGGAAAGGUUACAUACAAUCUCAUUGGCCAAAGCACCACUAUGGGGGAUCAUAAGGUAAUAAUUUUUUUUUAA